AUGCACUCGAACGAAACAGAAUGCUCGGACGUUGUCUUCGAACAUCGUGAUCGUCUGCAUAACGUAGAGUUUGAGAAUAUCACAUUAUCGGAGGAAGAAAUACUAGGUGUGAUGAUGAACUUAGACCAUAAUAAAGUACACGGUCCAGAUAAUAAGAUUGCACCAUCUUCUCUUUGCAACAAGUCUUUGCGUAUUGACGUUGUGCCUGACGAUUGGAAACUUGCGAACGUGGUCCCAGUCUACAAACGCAGGGAAAAAGCUGAGGUAGAAAAUUACCGAUAAAUUUCACUACUGUCCCUCAUCUCAAAAACCUCGAACGUUGUGUAUUUAACAGCAUCAAACAUCAUGCUUACGAACAGAUAGAUCCUGGCCAAAAUGGUUUUUUGCCGAAAAAAUCCUGCAUCACCCAACUCAUCGAAGUCCUUGAUCACAUCGGCCGUUACUUAGACCGUG